UUUACUUUCUACUAUGUUGUCUCGGAGAUUUCUGGUUCACCUGAUCAUGGUCGCCACCACAGAUUUCGAGGAAGAGAUGCCACCCACAAUUCAGCUUGGAGAGAAAUCUGAAGAGGAAUUGAUGGCAAUUAAGGCUCAGAUCUAUAAUAUUUCUCAGAUCAGGUGGAUGACAUUUCCAUUCCAUUUGACCAAGAUUUUGUAUACAACUCUUACUCCUGAUCAAAGCUCACUAACAUCCCACAAUUUUCACCCAAUAUUUUUUGCGCACACUGAAGUGAAUAAACAAUCUAAAGGAACUUAGGAGAUUGAAGCUUUUAUGAUGUCAUUUCAAAAACAAGAAAAGAUUGAAGCUGUUGUGAUGGAAGAAGGAAAUUCUCCUGUAAGGAGAUGGGAGGACCUUAAUAUUGAUAUGCUGGUGAAUAUAUUCCAGUCCUUUGACCUUUUCCAGUUGAUCUCUGUAAUUCCUCAAGUUUGUCCUGCAUGGCAAUUGGCUUGUUCUGACCAACGUCUCUGGAAAACACUGGACUUGUCAGUAACGCAGUCAAAUUUCAUCAGAAUUAGAGCACCGCCGUAUGUAUAUGUCGACACUCCAUCUCGUGAAAAAUUGACCCGCAUCCUAAAGAUUUGCUUGAACCUUAGUCGUGGAAACAUACUGACGUUGAUCUUCCAUUAUAAUUUGUAUGUUGACGACAAUCAAUUGACUUAUACUGCCAAGAGGUGUCCACGGCUUAAACGCCUUGUUAUGCCUGCUUGGGAAAAACUAGAAAAGCAAACAAUAUGCAGUGCUUUUCAUGAAUGGAAAGAUCUUGAAUCACUGACGAUGCCUAGUUUAGAAGAACCUGCAUAUGUCAUCGAGAAAAUUGGAAGGAGUUGCAAAAAAAUUUCUGAGCUAAAGAUUAUGGCUCCCUGCGAUAUACUGUUUGCAUCUGCACUGGUCUCAUUUCUUCCAAACUUGAAAGUGUUGAGUGUGAGGUGUACAGAGUUAUCUAAACAUGCUUUGGUUAUUCUCUUGGAGGGGUUAAAAAAGUUGAAAGUGCUCAACAUAUCGCAUUGCAUAAUUACUCAAGACCUUCCUCCACCUGCACGGAUGAAAAUUCUGACCGAGCUUGAUGAAUCCAUUCUGGAAAAAGCGUGUAGGUUAGACAAAUUCCUAACCUGCAUGAGUGACUCGUGCAUCAUGUGUCAGCGCACUCAAAAUGAUGAAGGGUUCAUGAGGUGGUAUAAGUAUGCAGACCUCUGGAAAGUGGAUGAGGUGAAGUCUCUUGCAAUUUGAACACUUUAAGAAUGUUUUGCUUCAUUAGUUGAAGGUGCAGUAUAAUGUGUAAACUCGUGUGUAUGAAACACAAUAAAACCUUUUAAUGCUACUUCUGUGUUGUAAGUCUAUUCUCUUUGACUGGGUGGUUUUCAUGUUCUUCAUGUUUCUAU